AUGCGCCCUCUUAAGAUCCAAGGACACACAAGACCUUUGACUCAGGUCAAGUACAAUUCUGACGGCGAUUUGCUGCUCACUGUUGCCAGAGAUAAAGUGGCCAACAUUUGGUAUUCACACAAUGGCGAGCGUUUAGGCACUUUGGACGGCCACGAAGGUUCCAUCAUGUCGAUUGAUGUUGAUGUUCAGACUUACCUAGUUGCUACCGGAUCCGGUGACGGUACCGCGCGGCUGUGGGACAUCAAGACGGGCACGCAGCUGUUUACGUGGAACACAUUGGCAUCCACGCGUUACGUUGCUUUUUCGCCCAAGGGUGACCGCCUGCUGCUAGUGACAGACGAAAACUUUGGCUGCAAAAGUAAGCUUCAGAUUUUCAACCUGAACCGUGAGACCCCAACCAAGCAGUCCGAGGAGCCUGUGCUGGUGAUUGAGAACCAGGACGGACCCAAGGCCAAGUACAUGGUUGCUGCAUGGACAAGUGAGGGCGAGAACUUGCUUGUGGGACUCAACAAUGGUGAAGUCAAGAAGUUUAGUCUUAGUGGUGAGAAGAAGGGUGAGGCUGUCAAGUCAAUCAAGGCCCAUGACGAGGCUGUUUCUGAUUUGCAAACAUCUCUGGACCGCUCGUACUUUAUCACUUCGUCGCGUGACAAGCUGGCCAAGCUGUUUGACUCGGAAUCUCUCGAGAACAUCCACAGCUACGAGGGCCAGGCGCCACUCAACUCUGCGUGCAUCACAACUGUCAAGGAUUUUGUUAUUGUUGGUGGUGGUCAAGACGCGUCUGCUGUCACUACAACUGCUGACCAGGAAGGUGACUUCAAGUCGAAAAUCUUCCACAAGAUCUUUGAGGACCAUUUGGGCGACGUUAAGGGUCAUUUCGGUCCUAUUAACACUCUUGCUGCUGAUCCCAAGGGUAGAUCUUUUACUUCUGGAGGAGAAGAUGGUUUCAUUCGUCUGCACCACUUUGAUCCCUCAUACUUUGAGUUUUACUACGAUAUCGAGCGCAGAAACAAGGAGGAGCUUGCUGCUGCAAAUUAA